AUGAGUACAGCAACAACAACGCUUGCUUUUGAGCAGCGUAAGGCUGAACGCAUCUCUACGGAUUUUGGAGACGUUGCAUUGCAGCCCCUACCUCGGUUCGAACGCUCGCCAAUUCGCGUCACGGAGACCCACCAACAUGGUCGGGCAAGCAGCGAGAUGCAGGAGCCAGAGGUCCUCGGUGCUGAGCAGGAUCGAGAUGAAUCUUUCGGCGCAACACCCGCAUCAGGUCCGAGCGAUCUCGACGCCAGAGGAACGCUGCUGCUUGCUGUUCAGCAUGCGACGUUAUCAUGGGGUUACCGCUCCGCCGAAUUCGCGUAUCCGCUCAUGAUGGUGCAGCUGUUCACCAAUACGUUGCUUCCCGCCUCGAUCUACGGCUUUGUCACCACAGCAGGCGCCAUCCUAUUCUCCAACAAUGUCGGACGCCUCAUCGACACCUAUGCUCACCUCAAGCUUCGUACUCUCCGAGCCAUGAUCUUGUCGCAGAAACUACUCGUGGGUGCUUCAUACGGUCUCUUUCUCAUACUUUUUUCUUCUACCUCGCUACGAAUGGAGGCGGAGAACGGAGGCAAAGGUCCACAAGAUGCUAGAGCCAACGCAAGACCGUGGGUCUUCUUUGCAGCCAUCACACUUCUUGGUAUCGGUGUAAUGCUGUCCAACGUCGGUGUCAGCGUGGGCGUCGAGAGGGAGUGGGUCACCAUCAUCAGCGAUGGCUCUUCGGCAAGGCUGACACGACUCAAUGCAAUUAUGCGCAGGAUCGAUCUGAUCUCCAAGCUCGUCAGUCCACUUUUCGUUUCGGCGCUCACCUCGACCAUGGGCUAUACGCUGGCUGCCGUAGUGUUGUUCUCGGUCAAUGCCGUCACUGGCAUCUUUGAGCUCAUCUUUGUCGGCACGGUCUAUCGAAGGUUUCCUUCAUUAGCCAAUGACGAAAAGGUAGCGAUCGCAAGAAGACAGACAGCGGCAGAAGCAAGCACAGAUUCAUCUGCUUGUAGGGAACCAUCUUUGAGCGCACAAGGGACAAAAGCACGUCUUGCAAAGUUGACCUCCCUGUUAGUCGCUUCAGUGGUCGAAGACGUUAAGCAGCAGUACCACGACUGGAAGCUUUUUGUGCGGCUGCCGAUCUUCCUGACGUCGCUGUGCAUUUCGCUGCUCUACAUGUCGGUGCUCUCGUUCGAUCCAACCUUCAUCGCCUAUCUCAAAUCCGAGACUCUGUACAGCGAUGCUUUCAUUGCUGGCAUGCGAGCGGUGGGCGUCGUCACAGGUCUCAUGGGGACGUUUGCGAUGCCCCUUUUGGAGAAGAGGAUCGGCCUGGUUCGCACCGGCUCUUAUUCGCUGUUCGCUGAACUGAUCCCGCUAGUGCCGGCAGUGGUAUCGCUCUGGAUCACCGGCUCUCCCAGCGAUCGAUUUGGACUUUCGGACAAACGACGUUCCAAUUGGAAUACGGGCUUGCUGUUUUCCGGCUUGGCACUGUCCCGAAUCGGGCUUUGGGCUUUCGAUCUCACCCAACUUGCCAUGAUUCAGACCGCACUGUCACCCGAGCAGCUCGGCCCAGAUGCGGGUCGCAAGAACGCACUUAUGGCACUCCAAUUCUCGCUGCAAAACGUCUUUGACCUGGGCCAUUACGGACUCACGCUCGGAUGGAAUAAGCCGCAAGAGUUCAAGUACGCCGCCACAGUCUCUUUAGUCGCUGUGGGAGCAGCGACGACGCUCUAUCUCGUAUUCUAUGCCCGUCGCGUUCGAGGACAUAUCGUCCAUCUCGAAGGUCUGCAGCGUUUGCUCAGCCGCAAGGAACGUUGA